AGCGGGAGGUGAAGGCACAGGAUCCCUGUACGGGUUUAGGAGAAAAGUUAGUGAGGAAGAGGUGGAAACCAAGGAGAGGAGUGACGGAAUGAUCCCGGUAGAGGGAUAAUGGAAGUAUGGGGAAGAGAUCAGGGACUGGAGAGGGAAGAGAUACAGGACUACAGAAUUAACGAGGCAUGCGCAUCCCAGAGUAACCUAGCGUUUUUUCUUUAAUUUUUUUUUAAAAGCAACCUAAUGCCCAGUUUCUAUUGGAAAAGAUGCGCUCAGAUUCUGUGUUGGGGAGAGGGACUGUCUCAGCUUUAAUGACUAAGAAGACCGAUAGGAAGGAACUAGAAAAGCAAAAGUACUGAGGUUAAAUAAAGAGCGUGGGAGGACAGCGGCAGGGAGACUGUCUGAGAGUAUCCCUUCACUUUAAAGACCUGAGGGGGUUGAAGGAGGGAGCUGGACUACGGGGUAGGGGGAGGGCAAAAGUCAUAGAGAACCAGCGAGAGCUGGAGGGUCAGGGAGAUGGAGCCCUGGAAAGAAGACGACAGGUGGAGAACUCAGUGCCUGGCAUAUAGCGGCCAGAAUGGAGCUGUGGCCAGGGGUGUGGACCGCGCCACUGCUCCUCCUCCUGCUGCUGCCUCUCCUGCUGCCCGCCCUGUGGUUCUGCAGCCCCAGUGCCAAAUACUUCUUCAAGAUGGCCUUCUACAACGGCUGGAUCCUCUUCCUGGCUGUGCUCGCCAUCCCCGUGUGCGCCGUGCGAGGGCGAAACGUCGAGAACAUGAAGAUCUUGCGCUUGAUGCUGCUGCACAUCAAAUACCUAUAUGGGAUCCGAGUGGAGGUGCGCGGGGCUCACCACUUCCCUCCCUCCCAGCCCUACGUUGUGGUCUCCAACCACCAGAGCUCGCUGGACCUGCUUGGGAUGAUGGAGGUACUGCCAGGCCGCUGUGUGCCCAUUGCCAAGCGUGAGCUGCUGUGGGCCGGCUCUGCUGGGCUAGCAUGCUGGCUGGCAGGAGUCAUCUUCAUCGACAGGAAGCGCACAGGGGAUGCCAUCAGUGUCAUGUCUGAAGUCGCCCAGACCCUGCUCACCCAGGACGUGCGGGUCUGGGUUUUUCCUGAGGGCACGAGAAACCACAAUGGCUCCAUGCUGCCCUUCAAACGUGGCGCCUUCCACCUUGCAGUACAAGCCCAGGUUCCCAUUGUCCCCAUAGUCAUGUCCUCCUAUCAAGACUUCUAUUGCAAGAAGGAGCGCCGCUUCACUUCCGGGCGAUGUCAGGUACGGGUGCUGCCCCCGGUACCCACAGAAGGGCUGACACCAGAUGACGUCCCAGCUCUGGCUGACAGAGUCCGACACUCCAUGCUCACCGUUUUCCGGGAAAUCUCCACUGAUGGCCGGGGCGGUGGUGACUAUCUGAAGAAGUCUGGAGGGGUGGGCGAGGCCCGGCUCUGAACUCCCCUCCCAUCUCCCCCCACCUCCCUCCCACACCUGCCCGCCCAGUGCGCCCUGAUCCUCUCCCUUGUUUCUCCUCUCCCCACUGUUCUCUUGGGAAUCUUCAACUUCUGAAGUGAAUGUGGAUACAGCACCGCUCCUUGCCCCCUCCCAGCUCUCCCCCACGGACUCUCUUGCCUCGGUGCAGUCUCCACUCUGACCCCCACCCACCUCCUGUGCCAUGUUGUCUGUGGGACGGUUGCCUCCCCCCUCAUCUCCAGUGGCUCACCUACACGAGGGUGGGAACACGCCAUCCUUCCCCCAGUGGACCCUCUUCCUUUGUGAUCUCUCCCUCUCCACCCCACAUUGGCCAGUGGACUCAUCCAUUCUGUGGAACAAUACCCUCCCACAAGUCCAUGGAUUCAGUGGACUUAUCCAUUUGUGAGGACUCCUCACACUGUGGCUGGAAGCAAUGCCUGAAACAUUCCUGGCUUAUCCUGGGAACACUCUUCAGCACCCUCACACUCCCUCCCAUGGAGCCUGUCAGUGGAGGCUGGACUCUUCUUACUCAGAGGUCUGUCUCAUCCUGCCCAUACCCAGGUGCCCAGGGGUGAGCAUACUCCUAGAUGCCAGUUUGGUCUCCACAUUUCUGCUUCCCCCUGUCCCUGUGGUACGGUUCUUCAGUGGUCCGGGCCCCAAUCCAGCCCCCUGCAGCCCUGCUGUACCAUUCUAACCACACACAAGGGAAGAGGCAGACAUCAGGUGCUGCAUCACUUCUGCUCCCUGGGGAAUUGGGGAAAGGAACUGAACCCUGGCUGGACAGGAUGGGAGGGCUUUUAAUUUAUUUCUCUUUCUUUUGAGGCUUCCCCUCUCUGAGCCAGUUUUCAUUUCCUCCCUGUGGCAUUAACCACUCCUGCCUCCCACCCCAGACCUGUGCCCACAAACUGGGGAGGUGGGUUGGGAGCAAAAGGAGAGGGCGGGACCCAGUUUUGCGUGGUUGGUUUUUAUUAAUUAUCUGAAUAACAGCAAGAAACCGAGAAUAAAGACUGAGAGAGAGAGA